UAAAAUCCCGUGUAUUGAAUUUGGAAAGGCUAAAUGCGAUAACGCGAAGAUAAAUAUGAUAAAACUUCAUUUUGUGUGAUAUUUUAAACAGGUAGUGUACAUAAUACAAAAUGGCGUACAACCUUUUGCUUGGAAUUCUUACGGUCUUAUGUUUCACAGAAGCGGUGAAUGGGAUAAGGUGUUCGUAUUACGACUAUAAAUAUGGCUGGACUUACAGCAAGGUUACAAAGUAUAAGUAUUGUGCCAGCAGCUGUUGUGGUGAUAUGGACAAUAGAUAUUGUUGUAAAAUUAGUGAAAUUAGUGAAAUUAACAGUAACGUUGGACUUAUUGUUGGCAUAAGUAUUGGAUCAAUUCUUCUAGUCGUUACUGUUGUUACAGUGUUUGUUGUUAUUUGUUGUUGUUGUAACAAGUCUCGGGGGCAGACAGGACAGGUGGUUCAACCAGCAAGUGUAACAACAACAACUGUUCAUGGCAUGCAGUCAGUACCAUCGACAAGCUAUGGACAAACUGGAUACAUCAAUGGUGCAUACCCACUGCAAAUACAGACAGCAAAUAUGGUUCCUGGAACAGCGCAGAAAUGGCAAGAGCCUCCGCCGGAAUACACAACAAACAAUAUCUAGAACAAUUGAUGCAUACAGUAAUGCCCUGCUUACGAUAAUGUUAUUUGCUUCGUUACCUUCCGUUUUGUGAAUGUUAUACUUUGUAGACUGUACAUUGCGCUUAACAAUAUGCGUACCAAAUCAUACAGGACACGCAGAAUUGAAAUAUCAAUUUUGUUUUAGGAGUCAUUGUGUACUGAAAUACUACGGUUGCUCAUACUCUGAUUUGUAGAAAAAUAGAAUUACCUUUUUUAAGUCUUAAUCUGUCAUAAAUUAUGUUUUAUUUGUACUUGUAAUUGUGUGUCAGACAUACUAGUAGGUACUUUUGGUAAAAAACAAAGUGAUGAUAUAUUUGUAUCUUGCUUGAAAUAUAGCAGCAUUUUGUAAAUUAAAGUGAUGAUAUAUAUGUAUCUUGCUUGAAAUAUAGCAGCAUUUUGUAAUUUUAACAAAUCUAGCUUAAUUACAUUCACCACUGAGAGUACCUAGAAAAGAUAUUCGACAGAGCUAUAAUAAUCAUUAGAGGCUCAUAAUGCCUUUGUCUAUGUUGUUAUGAACAGAAGUUAAUACUGAUUUCUUGUUAAUCCUGUUUUCAAUAAUUGGUUUCUCUAAUAUUUGUUAUAGGUUCGAAUAUUGUUUAACAUAAUAGGAAGUUUUAUUAAACUCAUUGUUUCUUAUUACCUCCCUUUAUGGUUCUAACGGAAUAAAUUCAUGUGCAGUAAUGAAAGUAGUGUUGAAAAAGUUAAAGCCUUAUGGAACUUUAAGAAACAAUUUGUUUGCUAUUAUUCUGUAUAUAGAUAAAAUAAAUGUCUUUAUUUGUAGUAAACUUUUCUUGCAUAUUUAUCCAGGUAUUUCAUCGCAUUAAGCUCUUUUACUACGAGAACUAUUUGACUUUAACAACAAUGUAUAUGAAAUAAAAUCAUUCAUGUUGUA